GUGGCCUUGAAGUAGUUUAAAUGUUCGGGAUGUGUAACUCGUUCGAAGUCUUACGGCACCAUCUGGUUUUUAAUUGUAGUCGAAUGUUUAGAGCUUAUCUCAAAGGUUAUUGCAUAUUCGUAUCCGGUGAAAUUUAUUCGAAACUGGCCUAUUGGCAACUCUAAACAACACAGUCUUUUGUCCCGAAUCUAGUUUCUAUUUAUAAAGUGCUUAUUAUUUUUCAUUUUCGGUUUUUCUGACUUUUAGACGUUUUAACUUAUGGUCAAGAUAUAGCUCCGUCAUCAAAAAUGUCCAAGAAACUGGGUUGUUAUUUUCCUAGAUGGAAAGCAAAGGAACGCCCUGCUUUAGUCAAUUGUUUUUUCUCAGUUUCUUGUUCUUUUUAUACCCGUUACUUCUCUCAAAAGAACCCAUUCUCUAGAUAUGAUCAAUUUAUCAUUUUUCCACUUUUAUUGACACAGCUACAAUAAACUGACUGACUUACAUUCUAAUAACAUGAACACCAAGAUACAUAGCCAUCACACUGUCCUACAUUAAAAUUUAUUUCUCACAGAACAGAUUGACUGACAACACUUUCCUAGAUCCACUAGAACUUCAGCUGCUGGGUGACAGCUUGCUUUAUAGAUUGUCCAAUCGAAAGUACAAAAACCUAUUCAGUUAGUGUUUGUUAAAUGUUUUAGCUCUUAGAUUUCUUUAGGCCGGUCACAAGGCGUAAUAUACCUUUGUUAAUUUGUGGAGAGUAAAGGUUUAGAUUUCCAUACUUAUUUUAGGUGAUUGUUAGUCAAACCAUUUAUAAUCCCUAUCGUUGUUUUAAGUAAAAAUUUGGAUCUGUCCAUUUAUUUGUUCGGAUUAUCAUUGUAUCUUAUUUCUCACUUACUGCAGCACCAACGGUUGGCUAGUAUGGUAGUCUUCAUACCUAAUAUGCAAACCUAUACAAGAUUACAGUUUGGAUUUUUUUUCCGCGUCUUUAAGGAUUGAUCAGAUUUAAAACCUUAAAUUAAUUCUGUUUCCUUUUUAGACACAUUUCACAGUUCCUAAGAAAUGAUUCGUCUAAUUGUCAUUGAUAGACAGCUACGUAUUCUGCGUCCAAAUGAAAAAUUUCCAUCAUUUUCAUGCAGUCAAUUGCUAUGCAUGUUGGCUAAAUCUGUUAUAGUUAGACUUUGUAACUUUGAAAAUCCUGGUUUUAUAUCUGUAUGCGAUACAACAAGCUUGUCUCCUAAGGGAUCACUUGGCGCAUUUUCCUCCGAUAUAUCUAGCUUGCAUAGUGCAAUUGAUCACAUUGAACAGACAGCUAAGGUGAUGUUCCCUAGUGAAUUGACUGCCACAUCAAUUCUUAACAUCUUGAAAGAAGCAUAUCUGUACUAUGGACCAUGGUCAAAUAUUCAAGUUUUAAUAUUUACAGAUGGAGGAUCUUCUUACUUCACUCAUUCCUCCCUUAUUUACCCAGUAGAUUUUCCCAAAAGUCUAUUUAAUGAUACGUCAAUUUUGUUCAUUAGUUUGAGUGAUAAACAGUUAUCUAACGAUCUAAUGGAGUUAUAUAAUCAAUUUCACUUGAAAUCAAUAAUUUUCGAAGCUAACAAAUACGUUUCAAAUCUUGAAACUUAUACUGUCGAAUUAUAUAUAGAUAACUUAGCUAAACAUAUUAUUGAACAUUGUCAACCGAAUCAAGUAAUUCCAAGUGUAAUUAUCAAUUGUGGACGUCUUCAAAGUAUGGCAGUUUUAUUACCGUCUCCAGGUGUUCAUUCAUUCACUGGAUUGAAUGAUUUGGCAAAAAAUUCACUUUGUGUGGAGAUCUUCGGUUUCCUUAAUCUCAGCGAUUUAAAUAAUCCACCAGUAAAUGGACGUUUCACAGUGGUUAGUCGAACAGAUCCAUCUGAUCCUGAUCUUCUCUACCUACUUUUGCGAUCAUUACAAAAUACAAAAACUGUUGCCAUGUGUAAUAUUUAUAUUGUAAUGAAUAAUCAAUUAGCUCAGUCAAUCAAUUCAAGUACAGUUUCAGCGUUGGAUUCACACAAUUCAUCUAAACGUAAUCUUCAACAACAACAGUCUGGUAAAAAUUCACCGAACCAUACUCUUUGGAGUCAUGGUUAUUUGCAUCAUAUUGAUAUGAAGCAAUCAAUUUUAAUGUUGUCAGUAUUUGAACGAGAAUGUACUGGUUUACCUUGGCUUGGUAAUUUUAGUCAUUUAGCACCUGUAACAGAUUUUGCCGGUUCUCAAUUAUACGAUGAUAAAAAUGAAACUUCACCAUUCCCUGUUCGAACACCGGAUCAUUUGAGUUAUAAAAUUGAUGGUUCACGUUAUGUUUCUUGGGCAUCACAGUCAGCAAUGCUUAUGGAUAUUAAUAAAGUGCUUCGACUAAGUCGGCGCCUACCGGAUAAAUCUGCAUUACUUUAUAAAGAAUUAAAUCGACUUCGUUUUGCAGCGACUGUUUAUGGAUGUCCAGAAUUGUUGUUACAAAUUCAUUCAAUGAUUAUGUCUAUUCAUCAUCAGUCAAACAAUAAUAAUAAUAAUAAUAGUGAUAAUAAUACUGUUGUUACUGGAUCCAAUGAACAAACUAAAUCAUUACAAACUUGUUUAAAUAAUGUAACUGAUAUAUUACUUAAACAGGAAUCAUAUACAAAUGAUAUCUUGUCACCUGAUAAAAGGAAACUAUUCUAAUGAUGAAUUAUGAAUUAUUAAUUUAUUUUGUUUUAAUAAUUACAUGUACAUAUGUGUAAAAAAGAAAUAUAUAUAUAUAUAUCAUAUAGUGACCUACUUUUAUCAAGAGAACGCAAUUGGUUUAAUGGAAACAAUUAUUAUUAUAACCGAUUGUACCAGUGAUUGUUUUACCGUACUUGUUUGUUAAACUGUACUAAAGACAUUCUUCCUUCCGUUGAUUGUGACCUUGCACACACACGUUCCCCCAAUGAUUCCUCUUGUACUCCUUUGGUACGGCCUCGGUAUUCUUUCGAUACCAUGAGAUCGCCCACAAAUAUAUCUCCCUA